AUGGAUUAUCUCUGUGUGAUGCUGUCCUGCUUGUUUCCUCUCAACUACUGGUUUGCUACAGCCAGGGCAGCAAAACCCGAAGAGCACCUCCUGUCCGGAAAGCUAAGUGAGUAUGGUGUGAUUGUGCCCUUCAGUACCGAUUGCCAGGGACGGUUCCUCUCACACACGGUAUCUGGCUCAGUGGCAGGUGGCAGUGCUGAAGCCAGCCAUCCUUCCACCCCACCCUCUGCUCGGCACAGGGUGGCCCGCAGCACCUUGGAUGAGCCACUGCACCAAGGCAGGGCUGGAAACCGCUUGUUAUACUUUAAUGUCACGGUCUUUGGGAAAGAACUGCAUCUCCGCCUGAAGCCCAACCGUCGGCUUGUGCCACCUGGAGCCUCUGCCGAAUGGCAGGAAGAUUUUCAAGAGCUAUUCCGAGAGCCCCUCCAGCAGGAGUGUCUCUUCAUCGGGGAUGUCUCAGGCAUGCCGGGUGCCACUGUGGCUAUCAGCAACUGUGAUGGACUGGCUGGCCUGAUUCGAACAGACAGUAGUGAGUUUUUCAUUGAGCCUUUGGAGAAGGGGCAGCAGGAGAAGGAAGAGAAUGGGAGGGCACACGUGGUCUACCGCAGAUCUGCCAUCAGACAGGAAAGAGCAGAAUCACACAAGGAUCUUCAUAAUGAAGUGGCAACAAGAAAAGUUCCAAGCUUCAGUGUGGGUGAGCUCCCAAACUCACUGGACCUGAUUGAAGACCGGCUCGGUGAAGUGGACCGGAAGAGACGCCACGCCAAGAAGGAUGACUACAACAUUGAGGUCUUGCUGGCCGUGGACGAUACAGUUGUGCGGUUCCAUGGGAAGGAACACGUCCAGAAUUAUGUCCUCACACUCAUGAACAUAGUGGAUGAAAUUUACCAUGACGAGUCCUUGGGGGUUCACAUUAACAUUGUCUUGGUCAGAAUGAUCAUGGUGGGCUACAGACAGUCAGUCAGCCUGAUAGAGCGGGGGAACCCAUCUCGGAGCUUGGAGCAGGUCUGCCGCUGGGCCCAUUCUCAGCAGCGCUCAGACCCAGACCAUGCUGAAUACCAUGACCAUGCCGUAUUCCUCACCAGGCAAGAUUUUGGUCCAGCAGGUAUGCAAGGUUAUGCUCCCGUCACUGGUAUGUGCCACCCUCUACGCAGUUGCACUCUCAACCAUGAGGAUGGAUUCUCCUCAGCAUUCGUGGUUGCCCACGAGACCGGCCAUGUGUUAGGUAUGGAACAUGAUGGCCAGGGGAACCGGUGUGCAGAUGAGACCAGCAUGGGGAGCAUUAUGGCACCAUUGGUGCAAGCUGCAUUCCACCGUUAUCAUUGGUCCCGAUGCAGCAAGCAGGAGUUGAACCGAUACAUACAUUCCUAUGACUGCCUGCUAGAUGAUCCCUUUGAGCAUGAAUGGCCCAAGUUACCAGAGCUCCCGGGAAUCAAUUACUCUAUGGAUGAACAGUGCCGCUUUGACUUCGGUGUGGGUUACAAAACAUGCACAGCUUUCAGAACCUUUGACCCUUGCAAGCAGCUGUGGUGCAGCCAUCCAGAUAACCCUUACUUCUGCAAAACCAAGAAAGGGCCCCCCUUGGAUGGGACCGAAUGUUCAUCAGGCAAGUGGUGUUUCAAGGGUCACUGCAUCUGGAAGACUUCAGAGCAGCCUUACAGCCAGGAUGGCAGCUGGAGUUCCUGGUCCAAAUUUGGCUCCUGCUCCAGGACAUGUGGGGGUGGGGUGCGCUCCCGCAGCAGGAACUGCAACAACCCACCUCCGGCCUAUGGUGGGCGCCAUUGCCCAGGUGCCAUUUAUGAGUACCAGGUCUGCAAUACUGAAGAGUGUCGUGGACCCUACGAAGAUUUCCGUGCCCAGCAGUGUUCUAAGCGUAACUCUUAUUAUACCCACCAGAACUCCAAACACACCUGGCUUCCUUAUGAGCACCAUGAUGAUGCUCAGAAGUGUGAGCUGAUUUGUCAGUCAGAGGAAACAGGAGAUGUGGUGUUCAUGAACCAGGUGGUUCAUGAUGGUACCAGAUGCAGCUACAGAGACCAAUACAGUGCCUGUGUUCGGGGGGAGUGUGUGCAUGUUGGAUGUGACAAGGAAAUUGGCUCUUUGAAGCAGGAUGACAAGUGUGGUGUUUGCGGGGGUGACAAUUCCCACUGCCGGACGGUGAAAGGGACUUUCAUCAAAUCCCCAAAGCAGCCAGUGGGUGUUUUGAAAAUGUUUGAGAUUCCGGUUGGGGCCAGAUACAUUCAGAUAGAAGAGAUGGAGCCGGCCUCCCAUAGCAUUGCUGUUAAGAACCAAGCUACUGGAAACUUCAUCCUUAAUGCCAAAGACAAGGAAGCCAAAAGCAAAACCUUCAUUGAGAUGGGCUUGGAGUGGGAAUACACAAUCGAGAAUGGCAAGGAGAGCUUGAAAACCAGCGGCCCCCUGCAUGAAGCAAUCAGUGUGCUGGUUAUCCCACAGGAAGAUGAGUCCAAGAGCAGCCUGAUGUAUAAGUACAUUAUCCAUGAAGACCUGCUGCCGGUGAUUGGAAACAAUAAUGUCCUUCUUGAAGAGAUGGAUUCCUAUGAGUGGGCCCUAAAGAGCUGGUCUCAGUGCUCAAAGGCUUGUGGAGGAGGCAUCCAGUACACCAAGUAUGGCUGUCGGAGGAAAAGCGAUAACCGGAUGGUGCAUCGGAACUUCUGUGAUAAUGGCAAGAAACCCAAGCCGAUCCGGAGGCGAUGUAACCCACAGGAGUGCUCCCAGCCAGCCUGGAUGGCAGAGGAAUGGGGAGCCUGCAGCAAGUCCUGUGGCAAGCUAGGAGUUCAGAUAAGGGUGGUGCAAUGCAUCCAGCACCUUCUGAAUGGCACGAACCGGACUGUACACACCAAAUACUGCACAGGAGAUCGACCGGAUACACGCAGGCCCUGCAGCCGCUUGCCCUGUCCAGCCCAAUGGAGGACAGGGGCCUGGUCCCAGUGCUCAGUCAGCUGUGGAGAAGGCAUCCAGCAGCGCCAGGUGGUGUGUAAGGCCAGUGACAAUAGCAUUGGGCAAUGUGAAGAUGAGAAACCAGAGACUGUCCAAGUCUGCAAAAUGGCAGCGUGCCCAGGAAAGCUACCAAGUAUUGCAGCAAACGCAGACACCAGUGAUCAUGUGACUCCGAAAGUACAGUGGGUACCCCAGGAUGGGCCCAAAAAUCCUGUUAACAAGAUAUCUUCAAAAGAGCCUUGCCUUGGGGACAAGUCCAUAUUCUGCCAGAUGGAAGUUCUGGCUCGCUAUUGCUCCAUCCCUGGCUACAACAAACUCUGUUGUGAGUCCUGUGGCAAAAAGGUCUCCACCACCAGCGUGCCGCCCGGUGUAGAACAAGGUGCUUCAGAGACUGGUGCUUUCUUUCCCAGCCCAGUCACACCCCUGCCCUUUCAUCCCACUGCCCGGCACCGCCCACACAGGAUACAAAGCACAGCUGCCAAAGAGACAGAUGCAUCCCAAGCUGCUCAUGCUCAGCUGCCCAGCACGGAAGGUUCAGCUGCCCAUGGAACCUCUUGGGCUAAUGCUGCGACCCAAUCUCGGGGCACUCCAGUCGAUGAGACUUCAAAAGUUGACACUUCAAGACUACUACCUCCUAGCCGGCAUGCUGCAGCAGGGCAGAGUUCUGGGGAACUCUGGGGCAGCACUGCCUUUCAAUGGUUUUCUCCUGCCUUGAACAAACCUGCCGGUGUAAACAGCGAAAGCGAUUCCUCUGUCCCUUCCCAGGGCGUAGCACGACGGAGAAGGCAUAGUACGGGAUCCGAGCAGCUGGGGAACAGUCUCAGGACCUCCUCCCCUGUUGUGACAUGAAACAUUUUCCCAAUGUCUCUCUUGUUGACGGUUUACAUGGGCAGAGCAGCCAAGUUUCCGAGCCACUUUCGGAAACGGAUGAGACACAGAUUUAAAAACCAAACAGAAGGCUACCGAAAAAACGGCUUCAUUUUUAUGACUUUUCAGCAGUGGCACUUUUUAAUUCUUUAUUGGAAUAAUGAAAAAAGAUCAAAUCAAAGGAAGAAACAAAAGGAAGAAGCAGCACUGGCCGCUGGAUUGCAAAUGAACCCCCAACAGUGGCGGAGCGCGCACAGCUUGUGUAGACCAUGCCUGGUUACCUCAGAGAGUGGCUUGAAUCAAUUGGGCAUUUCCUUCCAAGGUGCUACAAAGAGAUUUUUCAAGCAAUAAAACAAAACUCAACCAAAAGGACCUUUGACCCUCAGCUCAGUCCUCACUCACCUGCUGCUGUUAUCCACGUGGCAAGGAUCACAGUGGAUUCUGAAAUCCUGUUGGAAAUGGUGCUGCAAAUAGAUUUUCUACUCUUAACCUCAGCGAAGAGCAGAGCAAGGGGGCAUGGGAACAGCAGGCCAGAUGGACUUGUACUCUAUAUGUGUGGAUGGGGAGACCCAGUUUCAAAAGCGGGGUCAGGAGAGGAGCUGUCAGUAUCCUGACCCAACUGGGAGAGGGAUGGUACAUGGCAGGGGUGUUUGGCUUCGUUGGGGGGGGGUGUCAUUGGAUUUCACUGUGCUCACAACCUGUCUCCAGCUGCGUAGGGUGUCCUUUCAAGGCUGGCAGCGGGUGUUUGUGUCUGGAGGCUCUACCUAGUGAGGCAAUGGCAAGGUCAGUCACCAGAGAAAGAGGAGAAGUGGGGGAAGAAGUGUGGCAUUACCUGCAGAGAGAACGAGGGAAUUCAGUACAUAAAUAUGUUGCAAAUUCCUGUGUUUGUGAAAGAAGUAUGUUGCCCUGAAGGUCCCGAGGAGAGCAUCCCCUGCAUAGAACAGUUUGGUUAGCGACGUGUGGAUCCGACAGUGCACGUCUCUUCAUUUGAAAUUUUGGCUGUGGGAGUAUGUGCUUGUCCUCUAAAACUGUUCUGUAAGGUGCUGUUUUGAUUCCUGCUGAGACCCCGUGAGUGGAGAGGGUCCCAGAGCCCGGGUUCCAGCCCAAGCAUAAACAUCUACACUGCAGUUAAACAGCCCUGUGGCCUGAGCCCUGUGAGCCCCAGUCAGCUGAAACGGGCCAGCCACUGGUGUUUAAUUGCAGUGUGGACAUACCCAUCUAGUCUGACUCUGUUCCUGCUCCCACUGAAGUCAAUGGCAAAACUCCCACAAGCAGGAUUAAACCCAGUCAAGCAAGGUGCUGAACAUCUCCUGAGAGGGCUGACUUCAGUGGGAGUUGAGGGCUCUCAGAAGAUUGCAGCUGGCGUUCGGUGCUUUGCAGGAGCCAGGCCUAAUCUGGACAAGAUGGACACAAAUAAGACAAGACAACAGUUUGGGCAAAGGCAGGUGAGGGAUCAUUGCAAAUGAGAAUAAGGUAGGCAAAUUUGCUGGAAUAGUAGGUGGGUUUGAAGGCCAGGCCUGGCUUGGCAGCCAGAUGUUGAGACAUGAGUCCGGCUGCAAAUCCGUUCUCACAUUUUUCUGACAUUUGUGCUUACAGUGGGCUUGUUUUUGCUCCCACUGAAAUCAGUGGCAAAAUUCCCUGCUGUCUUCAGUGGGAGCAGGAUUGCACCCCUGUAGUUGUCACUGGUGCAGGAAAGAAUGUGGGUCAGCUGAUUUGCAGCAUGCCCUCAGUCUCUAGACUGCAAGCCUGAUGGAGUUAAGGAGUGUUCAGAGCUCAGUAAGAGUCAGAUCCACCUCAUGCCUCGUGUGAAGGACUGAGUCCAGACCUCGUCUUGACUUGGCUGCUGAAGAAGUCCAGCCCUUUGUAGGAGGUGCCCAGCAUCCUGAAGGGGUGGGUCCUAGAUAAUCUUCCUCUUGUGUCAGAGACCAGGACGCUCACUUGCCUCAAACAGGUGCUGUAAAGAGAAACAUCUUGUUGCCCCUUCUUGACCCGAGCAGCUAGUCAAAUUUCAGGGCCUUGGGAUGUUCCAGCUGGAAGUAACAAUUGAUAGAGUCUGGUAUAGUCUUUGCUGCAAUCUUGUUUAUUUACAAGGAAUGUGCAAAACCCUGUUUCUCUGAUUGCAGGAGGAAUCGAGAGCAAAAGGAGCAUUUCCUUAGCUUACUGCCCCAAGCCUCUUUAGCCAACAGGUCCGAAAGCUUUUUCCCACUAGCUUUGUCCGGGGUCACACUGUGCUCACAGGCUAUUGCUUGGCUUUCUUGCUUUUUUUGCGUGCCUCUCUGUUCUUGUCUGUCUUCAGUUUCUGUGUGUUCUCCCCUUCUCCUCCAACUCACCCCUCCACCUACACGAUCCAAAACUCCUGGGUGGGCUCUGUUAGGCCUUGUUUUAAGUGUGAUCCCUUAAAUGUCUCACAGCUAUUUUAAGUGGAAGUCACAUUCAUAUGUCAGUUUCAGUGAGGUUUUAACUUAACCCAUAACAAGGUGUAAUCCAGUCCAUAUGCAUAUAUUGUUGGUUAAUGCUUUUAAAGCUUUAAUUUUAAAUGAUUUGUUUGCAAGAAGAAGGGCUCUAUAGUAUGAAUGAAGUGUAUAUACACCAAAGUGACAAAAGGGGUAGAAAUGCUCAAAAAACCCCAAUAAUUUGUUAAACUAAUGAAAUCCUUUGGAGCCUUUUGGCAGGAAUGGGAAGUAGUGAAAAAUGGUUCGUUCUUUCUUUACUACCUCUUCCAUUUUCUGUUUUUUACCUUCUGCACUGGAAGGCUUGCUGUGACAUUUUAGCCAAGGGCAAAAAAUGCUGAGUAUCUGGGUUGGUAGUAGCGGCAAAGAGUUCUGUGGCACCUUAUAGACUAACAAACAUAUUGGAGCAUGAGCUUUCGUGGGUGAAUACCCACUUUGUCGGAUGCAUUGGUAGUGACUCUCUGCACCCUCACAUGUGGCUGACAAGAUGGGUAGGGAACCAUCUCUCGGAAUCUGAGACGAGGAGGGAUAGCUGGGCUGCCCACAUGGUUUGGGCUGGUCUGUUGCAGCUGGUUAGUUUCUGUUGAAGGGAAUUUGAAGCUGUUGGAGAUCAGAUCAACCAAUCCCUGAAUGCAAACUGCUUGUGACCCAUUGUCCCUCAGAGACACUUUCCCAGCCCUGAGAUAUACUGGUAUAUAAAACGGGUUUAGUGAAAGCGGAAACCUGAUUGGCUUACAAAGGUUCAUUUAAUCCAGGUAGCUAGUGCAAUUUCAUGUCAGACCAUUGCAGACCCCUUACCAAUAUGUAACAAACAAGCAUUCCUAAAACUAACAACACAUGUAAGGAAACGCAGUAACAGGAUGUCUGUGAUAGAGGCAUGCAGGUUUCCGGAACCAUCAUGGAGCCUUUCAUAGGUUUACUGCAGACCUUGGGCCCAAUUCUGGCAAGAGCUUCACCAAUGUAAAUCUGGAAUAACCUCAUUGAUUUUAAUAGUUACUCCAGAUUUACAUGGGUGUAACAAAUCAGAAUCUGGCCCUUAGACGACUUCUUACUGCAAACUGCACACAACAUUAGUGGCUUGUCCCUCUGAUUGAAAUAUCAUUAUGAACUUUUUAAGGGAGUGCUUGAGUGUCAAUGUUUGUUUAUUAUGCCAAAGAUAAUGCUUCAUUUUGUGUGUUGUUUACUCUUUAAAGAGCAUUAUUUUCUAAGACUCUCACCUGAAGCUUACAGCUCCCACCAAGGUACAUUACCUUGAUGGCAACACCCACUGGGAGGAACGGGUUAGGAAAUACCACAUCAUCCUCCACAAUUACCGUCUGUAGCCAGUGGUCAUCCCUGAUCAGUAUUGUGAGCAGGUUUGAGUGCCAGAAUACCAGCAGCUCCACUUCAGCACCAGCCUCUGAAGAGUUUGGGGUGGGGUAGGAACCAUUUGCCAUCUCACCAACAACUACUCCCAGUGCACCAGCAUGGCUAAGGUCUGGAAACCUGUCACAUGUGGAGUCAAACUGAGCCCUGAUUUCAGGGCUCGGGUUUGACACGUUAUAUAAACAUAGCACAUACUUAAUAUAAAUUAUGCACUAGAACAUAGUACAUAAUUGUGAUGACUCACUGCAUCAGCUCCAAAGUCGUAACGUGAACUAGUGACUUGUAGGCCACAUCUGCUACGACAUUUACUUUGAAUCCACAGGGAAAAGCUGAGAGGAGGGAACUGUUCCCUGGUGGAUAUGGUAACAUGCAUCUCUCCUGCUAGUUCUGUGGCAACUCAAUACCAUGUUGGGAUUAAGAUGAACAUAGGCAGUUUUUCAGCUUUUUCCCCGUGAAGCAAAAUUUUUCCCUUAAGCGGGUUCAACACAUUUGCUCUUUGCGCCCCCCCAAAACCUGUUUACAUCAAGCAUUAAAAACCGAUUGCCAACAAUCAUUGCUUGGGAUGUCUCCAGAAAGCAGCACAUGUGCAGGGCCUUGCACUUCACACACAACAGCUGUCCUAGGUGUUGUACGACUUUUCUAUUGCAGCAUCUGGGGGCAAGUUGUCUCAGGACUGGCUGAAUGAGUAGUUUGUACCUACAGGCUUAGCAGCUACACCAGCACACCCAUUUCUGCCGCCUAUGUCCCACAGUGCAGUGUGUCAGAUUUGGAAAUUACCCCAAAGCCCUCACUCCCUGCAACAUGAUAGAGCACUAUAGGAUGGUGCUUCAAGGAACCUGGAACCCACUGGUACAACAGUGGUUGUAAGACUGUGUGUGGAGGUAGCAAGAGAGUUCUGCAAAAGUAUUGAUGUUGCGAGGACAAGCAACACAACAAACCAGUUGAUGCAAUUGAUGUCCCUAAAAUGGUUUUCUUGCUUAGUGUAGACUGAUCUGUAGCGAGUUGGGCAUUUGUUUGAUGUUGGUGAGGUCCUAAUACAUACCUGGUUUGCAAAUCAGAGAAAACACUAGUCACCACCAGAGCUGGGCACAACAGUGAGACUCAAAUGUAUAUGAAGGAGGUGCAGUUUAAGGUCUUGCACAGGGAUGUACCAGUGUUACACCAGCUAAUGACACUAUGUGUAUGGGGCAAGUCACAUCACCAAUCUCUCCAUCCCGCAGUAAUGAAAUUUGUCUCCUCCCACCUCUGCCAUUCCCACCCACAAGAAGAUUGUAUGUUGCAGCCGAUACCUAACAGGGUGAGUGGAGCUGGGACUUGGGGUGGUUUCCUAUCUCCUCCUUGGCCGAUGAACACGUCAAAUCAUUCCUGUGAUGUAAACUUGUCCAGUGUUAUGAUGUAUAAAGUUUUGUACAUAUAAGAUUCAGAGCUUUUUAAUAUUUAUUAAUUUUGUUGUUGUUGGGUUUUUUUUUUUUUUUUGAAACUCUUAAUGUAAAAAAUCCAUUCAA